UCUCUCUCUCUCUCCCUCUCUGCGCUGUGUCCGCGCGCUCCGAGCUCAGAGUGUCGUUUUACAGCGCGAGAGCGAGAGCUCGAGCUCCUCCUCCUCCUCCUCUCCGCGCGCCGCGUUCUAAACGAGCCCGCUGGCCGCGCGAGCCCGAGCUCCCGCCACUCCGGCAGCGCGAGCACCGUGUUCAGCUCCGGGUUCUACGCUCAGCCCCCCUCCCCCCUCCUCCUCCUCCUCCUCCUCCUCCUGCUGCUGCUGCGGCUCCUCGGCCAACGGACGAUCAACUGAAGUCCUACAAAAACACGGUUAUUUUUGUCGCCUUUUGAGCCACUUCCCGACUUUAAAAGUCAUGUCGUGCCCACGGAUUGGAGAGAAGAGAUGAUUUUAUUUCCCAAGUAGCCGUUUUUCUACGUUUUGUGUUCUUUUUUUAAACUGCAAAAGUCUUUUUUGGGGAGAAAGAAAGAGUGAAGGGACGACACGACGUGACCGUUGCAACUUUGGCUAACGUAAGUCUCCGGCUUCCCCGCAGCCGCAGAAGGAAGGAAAACAAGUUAGAAGUGUUAACUUGCUCCUUUUUCUGCUUCUUUCGGACACGAUAUCGCCCCGAACUGCAAAGUGUGGAUUAUAGAAAGUGGAUUUGAAGAAGAAACGCUUUCGAAGUUGGGCUUGGACUUGUUUUUUCCCCUCUUUUUUCGGUUUUUCGGUGUGCUCCCGUCGCUUUGUUCUCCUCAGAUUUACCAGUCAACGUUAGCUAGCAGCUCGAGCACACGGCCAAGUUUGCUGCAAGUCCCACGACUCUUUUUUUGAGACAUUUGGAGACAUUUAGAUUUUUUUUCCAGGACCCAUUUGAAGCGAAAUAACGUUUACACACACUCAAGUGGGUCGUUCGUCAUUGUAGUCAUGGACAGCGCGGAUUUGUCUCCGUUUGCCGAGGAUUAUUUCUGAAACCGUGGGAAGUGGUUGUUGUCACAACUUCGUGCUCUCGAUGCUCUUUGAGAACUGAGCGGACUGUUUAUAUCUGUGAAAAGUCGUUAGGCUAACGUUACAGUUGGCUUCGCGAUCCCGUGUUGGUGGUGUUGAAGCGAGGAUAACGUUUGCACCUUUUAUUAGUCGGGGGAAAAUAAUAAUAAUAAUAAAAAAACCUAAACUGUUAAACAUGCCCCAGCUAAACGGAGGCGGCGGGGAUGACUUGGGGGCGAACGAUGAAAUGAUUUCGUUCAAAGACGAAGGAGAACAGGAGGAGAAAAUCUCCGAAAACGUGUCUGCCGAGAGGGACCUGGACGACGUGAAGUCUUCUUUAGUAAACGAGUCAGAAAACAACAGCAGCUCCUCCGAUUCUGAGCAAACAGAGAGACGCCCUCAGCCCAGACCUGACACUGAAAGUUAUGAGAAAGCCCGAGAGUAUUUUAGUGAAGCUUUGAGAAGACAGCAAGAUGGAGGCUUUUUUAAGAGCCCCCACUAUCCAGGCUAUCCGUUUCUAAUGAUCCCGGAUCUCGCCAGCCCUUAUUUAUCCAACGGCGCCUUGUCUCCCAGCGCCAGGACGUAUCUGCAGAUGAAAUGGCCUCUGUUGGAUGUGCCCAGCUCUGCAGCCCUGAAAGACUCCAGAUCACCCACACCAGGACACUUGUCCAAUAAGGUUCCAGUGGUGCAGCAUGCUCACAUGCACCCUCUGACCCCCCUCAUCACAUACAGUAAUGAUCACUUCUCCCCGACUACUCCGCCUGCACAUCUCUCCCCAGAGAUCCUGGACCCAAAGACAGGUAUUCCACGGACCCCCCACCCAUCUGAGCUCUCCCCAUAUUACCCCCUCUCUCCAGGGGCCGUGGGCCAGAUCCCCCAUCCUCUGGGAUGGCUCGUCCCACAGCAAGGGCAGCCCAUGUACUCCAUCCCUCCGGGAGGUUUUCGACACCCUUACCCAGCGCUUGCGAUGAACGCCUCCAUGUCCAGUCUGGUGUCCAGUCGUUUUUCUCCUCAUGUGGUGCCUCAUCAUCCUCACGGUCUUCAUCAGACAGGAAUCCCUCACCCUGCUAUCGUCUCACCAGCUAUCAAACAGGAGCCCAACGGAGACCUCAGUCCCGCUGCGCACACGAAGUCUCCCGGGCCAGCUAAGAAGGAAGAUGAGAAGAAGCCUCACAUUAAGAAGCCCCUGAACGCCUUCAUGCUCUAUAUGAAGGAGAUGAGGGCUAAAGUGGUGGCUGAGUGCACGCUCAAAGAGAGCGCCGCCAUCAACCAGAUCCUGGGCAGGAGGUGGCACUCUCUGUCUCGAGAGGAGCAGGCCAAAUACUAUGAGCUGGCCAGGAAAGAGCGGCAGCUGCACUCACAGCUCUACCCCGGCUGGUCCGCACGAGAUAACUAUGGCAAGCGGAAGAAGAGGAAGAGAGAUAAUAAAGCAGACUCAACAGCAGAGGAUUUCUCAGCACGGAACAAGAAACCAUGUGUGCAGUACCUUCCUCAGGAGAAGAUGAUUGACAGCCCGGCCUCAUCUCACGGCAGCAUGUUGGACUCCCCGGCCACGCCCUCCGCCGCUCUGGCCUCGCCCGCCGCCCCGGCACCAACACACUCCGAGCAGGCCCAGCCGCUGUCCCUCACCACCAAACCUGAGCGCCAUCACCCUCACUUCUCUCUGAUCUCCAAACCCUCUGCAGCAUCCUCAUCAUCUUCAUCCUCCUCCACCUCCUCCUCGUCUUCAGCAUCCUCCUCCUCCUCUCACCCAAGCCUUUCUCUUCCAAUUGGUUCCUCAGGCAGUCAGUCGACCCCGCCCCUUCUCUCUCGGCCAAUCCCUUUCACCUCCCUGCACCCUUCCCUCCUGUCUCCGCCCUCUCCGUUCCACCAGGCCGCCCUGCACUCCCAUCACGCCCUGUUCCAGUCGCAGCCCCUCUCCCUGGUAACCAAAUCGGCCGACUGAACCCGCGGAAAAGCAAAUUCUCUCCCGUUUCGCGCUGUCCUUUUAAAACAUGCUGUACAUUGCUUUUUACCUUUUUUUCAAAUAGAUGUCAGGUUAACUUUUUUGAUAAGUGAAAAGGAAAUGAAUAUUAUUGGUCAAUAUUUGAUCACCUGCUUUUUCCGUGUCUCUCUAUGAAACAGUGUAUUUUUUUGUAAAGUCUACUUUGGAACUGGUUUCUUAUUUGAUAGUUAUCCAGCAAACUACUUGUAUAAAAUAUACAUGUAUUGAAAACUUCUUUAUUAAGAUAAGAAGGAACAAAAAAAAUUCUUAAAGCUUACAUGUAAUUAAUGGUAGUUUUGAAUUUUAAUUCAUAGUACAAGCAAUUUAUUAGAAUCCUUUGCAACUACCCCUCCAGUUUUGAAGUGUGUGAACUUGAUAAAUAAAACUUGUAAAUUGUUUCUAGAA